AUGGCUGAAGAGAAUGAAAUCGUUUUUGACAUGACAUUGAAUAUAGUGCAGCUCAAAUACAUUCUUGUAACUUUUAAACGUAAAAGACCCGGAAAUAUUUUAAAUAUUAAGCAAGUAUACAAUACUCAUGUUCUUAACAAUAAGGUGUUAAGGGACGAUAAAACUGAAAUGCCGCAACUGUUGAAACUUAUGGAUGAUCAAAAUUAUGUAUCUAGGUACCGAGUGUGCAAGGAUGGAGAAAUCGUUCGAGAUAUAUUUUGGACUCAUCAUGAUUUCAUAAAGUUGUUCAACAUAUUUCCCACUGUACUCAUCAUUAGUUCAACAUAUAAGACCAACAAGUACAAACUUACACUAUUGAAAAUUGUUGGUGUUACCUUUACCGAAAAGAUUUAUUCUGUCGUGCUUACAUUUUUAGAAAGCAAAAAAGAGGACAACGCAAAUUGGGCUUUAGAAGUGUGCCAGAAAAUUUAA